AUGAUAGGCCGCGGUGAAGGUAUGAAAAUGAUCAAGCGGAUACGUCUGAUACGAGUUCAAAGCAUCUUGGACAUCUUCGUUCUAAUUGCGGCAUUAACCUUAACGAUUUUUGUCUGGGAUCAGAAGAAAGGUCAAGCCCAGUUGAGCGAAAAACUCAUCAGUAGACGUUUGCCCGAACGUUGUCUUCAGAGGCAGUGUCCGAGCAAAAAACUCCAGUCCACCAUUGAAUCGGACUAUAAGAUUCAUUACUCCCGUACUUUUCGUGACAUCUUCUUGAAGACCUCAACCUGCAUCGAUUCGUCAUUUAGAAAUACAAUUAAAACUGCAAAAGGAGUUAGAACGUAUGAAGAGAUUGAGAAAAAUGUUUUUAUACCGAAUAAUUACAAAAUGGUAAAGGCGUCCUGUCCUCUACCAAGACUGGAUUUUGUGAUAAAGCCAACAUGUGCGAAGGUUUUCGAAGAAUGGAUAGAAAUUGCUAAAAGACCUGCGCCAAAAUUUCCACCUAGAAAAAUUAAAGAAUCCGAUAUGAACGCUUUUCUCAUGAACGGAUAUUCGACGCUUUACGAGUAUAAAUACCGCUACAACAAAGUGUUAAUCGAACCCGUAGUUUGGAAUAAUAUUGAAAAUAUGCUUAAGAUGCCUAGCAGCAAACUACUGCAAUAUGGUAUACAAGGAACACAGGUAUACACUGUCGAAUAUAAGAAAAUAACUGUAAUAAAUACUGCUAGGAUCAAAUAUAUACAUCCGAUGGCUUUGGCGAAACAGUGGCGAAAAAAUUUGGAAAAAUUUGAUUUUGCCAUCUCGUUCUCCUCAAUUGAGCACAGUGGAUUAGGAAGAUACGGUGACAAUAUAGAUCCUAAUGGAGACUUAAGGGAGGUCGCGAAGAUUGGGUGUUUGUUAAAGAAAGGAGGAUUAUUCUUUCUUGGUGUCCCGAGAGGUGAAGACGCUAUAAAGUACAACAGGCAUCGAUAUUAUGGACGUAUGCGGUUAGCAAUGGUAAUGACAGGUUUCGAAUGGCUAGCGACAUACAGAGAAGACACACCUUAUUCAGUGCUGCCUAGUCGAGAAGAUUACGAAACUGUAGACCGACAAAACCAUGAUCUCUUUGUUUUGAAGAAACUAUAA